AAUCCUUACCCUCAAGGUAUGAGAUGUCAAAAAUGUUUAGAAAUGGGUCACUGGAGUUAUGAAUGCAAAGGAAAACGAAAAUACGUCCAUCGGUCUUCGAGGACAGUACAAUUAAAUAAAGCUCUGAAACAAAAAGAACUUGAACACAUCAUGUGA